UCACCCGCGCCAAGGAGAACCGCCUCCGAGGUAGAAGAGAAGCUGGGAGGAGCCCAGGAGGCCAUGGGUUGGAGGACUCAAAGUGUCCUAGAUGGCCGUCCAGGGAUGCACGCUGUCUCUGUGGCUGCUGCUGUCCCUCUUGCUGCUGCUGCUGCAGGGGCCGAGAGCCGCCGGAGCGCGAUGGAGCGGGGCGGGAACCACGCCGCAUUUGCAGAGCAUCUUCCUGGGACGCUGCGCGGAAUACACCACACUGCUGAGCCUCCAGCCGGGGAACAAAAACUGCACAGCCAUCUGGGAGGCCUUUAGAGUGGUGCUAGACAAGGAUCCCUGCUCCGUCCUCCCCUCAGACUACGACCUCUUCAUUAGCCUCUCCAGGCACUCCAUUCCUAGAGACAAGUCACUGUUCUGGGAAAACAACCACCUACUCGUUACCAGCUAUGCAGAGAACACCCGUCGCCUCAUGCCCCUGUGUGAUGUUCUGUACGGCAAGGUUGGGGAUUUCUUGAGCUGGUGUCGCCAGGAAAAUGCCUCUGGACUUGAUUACCAGUCCUGCCCCACAUCAGAAGACUGUGAAAACAAUGCUGUGGAUGCCUACUGGAAAAGUGCAUCCAUGCAGUAUUCAAGAGACAGUUCUGGGGUGAUCAGCGUCAUGCUGAAUGGCUCAGAGCCAAAAGGAGCCUAUCCUGUGAAAGGGUUUUUUGCAGAUUUUGAAAUCCCAUACUUACAAAAGGAUAAAGUCACAAGAAUUGAGAUCUGGGUCAUGCAUGAAGUUGGGGGACCCAAUGUGGAAUCCUGUGGCGAAGGCAGUGUGAAGAUCCUGGAAGACAGACUGGAAGCCCUGGGGUUCCAGCACAGCUGUACCGAUGACUACCGACCAGUGAAGUUCUUAAUGUGUGUGGACCACAGUGCUCACCCCGACUGUGUGAUGAACUCAGCCUUGGCAACUAUGCAGAGGGAGAGGCCAUCUCUUCAUGCAGCAGGAGAUGCCACCCUUAUCAUUUCUCUGUUGGUGGCUUUGGCUUCAAGCUCUCAAGUGUGACCAGAAAAUCACCAUGCUGUUCUAAUAGAACCCGCUUUGCAUCUACCCUUGAACAGCCCACCUGUUCUGUGUAAACCAAGGGAGCCUACUGUCUAGACAUGUCCUUCUAUGAACAGUGUAACCGGAUAGGAAUCCAAUCAUACUCAUGUUCAUGAUUCAAGAAACAAAGCACUUGGCUAGUCCCACUUGGCAGGCAGAAUUUGUGACCACAGAGUUAAAGUAUAACUCCUUAUUUUAAUCAUGAUAAAAUUAGGAGUGCUGAGACGUGGAGUGUAGUGUAAUCUUAUAUAAUUAAAUAUAGUUUUGGAAGCAUC